CCUAGGCGCGGGGACUUUGCUGUGCGGUUCUCUCUGCCGCCUCGUUCCCGCUUCCCAACAGAUCCGCGAUGCUGGCGCUGCGCUGCGGCCCCCGCCUGCUCGGCUUGCUCCCCAGCCCACGCUCCGCGCCGCUGCGCCUCUCCGCGGCCCGCGCCUGCAGCAGCAGUGGAGCCAGCGAUGCGUCCUCUUCCUCCCCCCGGAACCCUGUGUACCUGGACGUCGGCGCAGACGGGCAGCCGCUCGGCCGCGUGGUGCUGGAGCUGAAGGCAGAUGUCGUCCCCAAAACAGCAGAGAACUUUAGAGCCUUAUGCACUGGUGAGAAGGGUUUCGGCUACAAAGGCUCCACCUUCCACAGGGUGAUCCCAGCCUUCAUGUGCCAGGCAGGUGACUUCACCAACCACAAUGGCACAGGGGGGAAGUCCAUCUACGGGAGCCGCUUUCCUGAUGAGAACUUCACACUGAAGCACGUGGGACCAGGUGUCCUGUCCAUGGCGAAUGCAGGCCCCAACACCAACGGCUCCCAGUUCUUCAUUUGCACCAUAAAGACAGAUUGGCUGGAUGGCAAGCAUGUUGUGUUUGGCCAUGUCAAAGAAGGCAUGGAUGUCGUGAAGAAAAUAGAAUCUUUCGGCUCCAAGAGUGGAAAGACAUCCAAGAAGAUUGUCAUCACAGACUGCGGCCAAUUGAGCUAACUGUGGCCAGGGUGCGAAGAUGGUAGCCACUGUCUGUGUGUUGACUCACCCAUGGGCUCUUAGCAUAGGUGCCCCAAAGGGUCACCUUUGCUCACUCCCUGCCACUGUGUGCCUGAGGAAGGCCACUCAGGAAUGUGCACCUCCACCAGAACCCACCAGUCUGAUUCCUAAUGCCUGCCCUUCCUUGUGACUCUAUUUUUGGGCAUUCAGUGUAUCUCACAGCUCUUGUCAAUCACAGCCUGUGAUUGCCCAGCUCAGGUUCAUGUGUGCCUCAGUGAUACGUUAGCAUCCAAGGAAGGGUUCUGCCUUUCUUGACCAAGUGGGUAGCCAGUUGCUGUUUAAUGAUGUCUUCCUAAUUGCAAUAACUUAAUCAACAACAUUGCCUAGAAAUGAAGCUGUGACACUGACUACAUCGUGCCGUGAGGCCACCUGAGUUGGCGCAGGCCUGAGAACUCCAGAGCCUGGCUUUUGAAACACAACUCAGGCUUUAGUGAAAGUCUGCAAGAGUGAGGCCUUCCUUCUGAUUACUGUGAAUCUCACUGGUUGCUGCUGUCAUUUUUGAGAAGGGACUGAGGGUUAGAGCAGUUGGGCCUGGGAACAAGCCUGCUAACUGUGCCCAGUCAAUGUGAAUUCCUGUGUUGGAAGCUUCUGGAAAAGACUUGUAAGCGCCCUGUGCUCAGGAGGAAUGUGUUUCCUGGUGGGCUUUACUUUUUCUGUGCAUUGAAUAAAUCUAAUCUGAUGAUGUAUAUAAAAGAUUUCUGGAACGUUCAUGUUCACCUUAAAUGUGAUAAU